UAGAGAUAGAGAAAGAUAGAGAGAGGAAAAAAAUCAUGGGGAGGAGUCCUUGUUGCUCUAAAGAAGGAUUGAAUAGAGGAACAUGGACAGCCAUUGAAGACAAACUACUCAAAAACUACAUUCAAACUCAUGGUGAAGCCGGAAAAUGGAGAACCCUCCCUAAGAAAGCCGGUCUAAACCGUUGCGGAAAGAGUUGUCGACUCAGAUGGUUAAACUAUCUUCGACCUGACAUCAAAAGAGGAAACAUCUCCCACGAUGAGGACGACCUCAUUAUCCGUCUCCACAACCUUCUUGGAAACAGAUGGUCAUUGAUAGCUAAAAGACUUCCCGGACGAACAGAUAAUGAGAUAAAGAAUUAUUGGUCUACCAAUCUCGUGAAAAGAGUCCAUCAAUUUCCCUCACAUAAAAUCAAUACUACAAAAAACAUCAACAUUCAAGUCGAUGACAGGUUAUCGGGCUUGACUCCCGCCAUCCGAACCAAGGCCAUACGAUACACUAACAAAGUGCGACAACCACCACUUUCAUCGGCGCCUCCAAUUAUUGAUCAUCCUCAAUUCGACCCUACAAACACCACCUUACCAAUAUUUCUUGUAGAGAAUGAAGGAGUUGAUUACUAUGAUUCACUUGAUUAUAACAUUUUCAACACUUUUAAUGAAUUUGAAAACAUUGAUAUGAACUUGUAUUUUUAGAUCAUGAGGAUGACGGAAUCUCAAACGUUUGAGUUCGAGUCUUUGGAUUCCUUGUGGUCACAAUGAUGUCAAGUAGAUUUAUUUGGUUUGUUUGUAUAAGAAAUUAACAAUUUCUUGAUGAAGUGGGGUCA